AUGGGAAACCUGGGCGACCUGUCGCCAGAAGGGAGCGUAGCUAUAGGUAUUCUCGUCGGUCUGCUUUCGACCAGCAUCCAAAGUCUCGGGCUCACGCUGCAGCGAAAGUCUCACCUCCUAGAAGACGAGAAGCGCCCCUACGAUGCCCGACGCCCUCCCUACCGCCGGCGGCGAUGGCAGCUGGGCAUGGCCAUGUUCAUCCUAUCGAACCUGGUCGGGAGCACUAUCCAGAUAACGACGCUACCACUACCCGUCCUAUCUACACUGCAAGCGUCUGGCCUAGUGUUCAACUCGAUUUGCGCAACGUUGAUUCUGGGAGAGCCGUUCACGAGAUGGUCUUUGGGAGGAACACUGCUGGUGAGCAGCGGCGCGGUGCUGAUUGCCAUCUUUGGGGCUAUACCGGAGCCGGCACAUAGUCUGGAUCAACUGCUACAAUUGCUGGGUAGGAGGACAUUUGUGCUGUGGAUGGUAUUCCAGCUCAUACUGGUACUUGGAAUUAUUGGCACGGCUGCAUUCUUGUCUAGAAUCCCAAGCAUAUCCUCUUCACCACGAAUGCGGCUCCUGCUUGGUCUGGCAUACGGUUCCAUCAGUGGAAUACUAUCUGCACAUUCUUUGCUCGUGGCGAAGUCAGCAGUAGAGCUGCUUGUACGUACAAUCAUCGACCGCGUCAAUCAGUUCAACAGAUGGCAGUCCUGGGCCAUCCUCCUGGGCCUAGUUACCCUUGCCCUCACUCAGCUCUACUAUCUGCACCGUGGGCUGAAGCUAGUCUCCACCAGCGUGUUAUACCCGCUCGUCUUCUGCAUUUACAACAUCAUCGCCAUCCUGGACGGACUUAUCUACUUUGAGCAAACAGACCGUCUCUCAGCCCCACAAGCUUGCCUCAUCGCUCUAGGAACCGUAAUUCUGCUCUCGGGAGUCCUAGCCCUCUCCUGGCGCCUCUCAGACGAACAAACUCCUUCACCAGUGGCACAGAGCGCUCUCGCGCCCGGCCUCGGUUUCGUAGAAGAUACGGACAACGACGAGUCGGCCGACUUCCUCAUCGCCGACGAAGAAGCUGCCGUCGGUGCAGAGAACCAAGCCCUGCUUCGCAACGAGCCUUCAACUCCUACCAGAAAAUUCGAUGCAGUCCUAGGUGCCUCCAGACAGGCCCGCAAGACGGUACGACUUACGGAAGCAGAUGAGAUAUGGGGCGAGCUGGAACACGAUACCGCGAAGGGGACGCCCUCCCCAGGGAGACCACCGAGACGAGCAUCUACGAAUCUGCCGGCUUCGGCGUCCCCGACAGGGCUAGCAGAGGAACCGGACGAGAACACCUCGCUUUUACGAGUGAAUACAUUCCAGCGGAGGAGGAGGCGGCGUUCGACUGGAUUCCCGGGAUUCACGGCUAGACCAUCACCACGCGGAAGUGGAAGGCGGCAGAGAUCCCAGGAUGCUACUGGCGGAUUCUGGGCCAUGCAUUGGUGGAAACGAGGGGAUGGGAGUAGGAAGCCGUCCUCUAGCCCUAGCGGUGGAGAUGGGGGCGCUGGGCCUUCGGAGUCGGUGAUAUUGUAA